AUGUCUGACCUGCCGAUAUCGUAUUCUUGGAACAUUAGGAGGAAGAAGUGCGUCGAGAACACGUUUCCAAUCUGUGGAACAUGCUCCAGGUUGAAUCUGAAAUGCGUGCGAUCGACGGCUCGCGAUGUAGUCCCGACUACCUGGGUCGAACAGAAGAAGAGCACACUGCAGGCAACUCAGGCGCUACGACCGUCGACGAGAGAUAACUCGCAUCAACCGUUAUCGUCAUGUUUUCCGUUGCUUGCUUCACCUCCGGGCGUGGACCAAGGCGAACCGCCUCAAAAGCGACAAGUAAUGCGAUACUACAUUACAGUGCUGAGCCAUUUUUUGACUGCAAGCGAGCAGUUCAACUCGUUCCUAUCUGAGUUUCUACCAAUGGCUAUGGAAUCGAGUGUGCUUUACGAUGCACUGGUCGCAUUUGCUUCUGGUCACUUGUCACUCACGAAUGAGUCAUAUCGGGUCUCUGCCUUAGAAGCACACUCGACAGCAAUCACCAACCUCGCCACAGCCCUCGCAAAACCACAACAUGAAAUCACAUGGUACGAAAUCAAAGCAGCAACAUGCUUGGCCUUUGUCAUAGGUGAGGUAUGCGUAGGAGAUAACGACGGGUGGUGUGCCCACCUCAACGGUGCCAAGCUCAUCAUCGAGUCCGCCGUGGUCAAUCCAAGCUCAGGGACGACCUUGCGAGGACCUGAAGUCUUCAAACGGAGCUCCGAGGGUCAGUGGAUUCUUCGAAACUUUGCGUAUCACGACAUGAUUGGGAGUGUGACCAUGCGGAGGAGGCCGCUGCUAGACUGCAGUUAUCUGGAUGGCAUCACAGACGUUGUCGACACCUACCUAGGCGUCGCCACAGAUCUUUUACGCCAUGUAGCUACUUUGAGUAGCAUCGAUGAAGAGACCAGACUCGAUGUUGCUCUGGGGGCUGAGGAGAUAACCAGAAGAAAGAAGUUGUUCCAUGCCACCUGCGAAGGAGUCGAGCAAGAGCUGCAAGACUGGCGAUGCAGGCCAGAUGCCGCUCCAGAACUUGCUGCUCUGGCGCAUGCAUUCAGGAGCGCUGUCCUUAUUGUGCUAUUCCGACUGAUACGGAGUCGCCUGAGUUCAGAGGAAGAGUCCACUCAAGGAGCAAGCUCUGAAGCCAUGACAGAGGAGAUGCUACCGACAAAGAUGCGGACGCAGGUGUCUAACAUCCUGAGGCACGUCUCAGAUAUUCCGGUCGGGUCACAUACCGAGUCGGCAAUACUCUUCCCUCUCUUCCUUGCUGGCGGCGAGGCGACUGAGGACGAACACAUGGAUGCUGUUCGUGUUCGGUUGCAGAUGACGUUGCAGAAACGACGAUUCCAGAAUAUUUCUCGUUCUUUGAUAAUACUAGAAGAUUUAUGGCAAAGGCGGCAAAACUCAGGUUUGACAGAUGAAGCAGACUGGACUGACAUCUUGGACGAGACUGGGGAACAUCUUCUCUUGACUUAG